AUGUGGCCCCAGGCAACCUCAGACCAGGGACGCCAAGGUGCUCGACGCCGGAGUGCAGAAAUUGUUGAGGUCAAUGAGGCUCUGGACGAAGAGAGGCUUCUGCGGAGCUCUUUGCUGGCAACUGCCGCGCUUGCCGUAUUUCGAGGGCUGGGAGGUGCUGCCGGCGCUUCCUCCAGAUCCGAGCUGUUGCAGACGCUAACUUUGAGGCUAGCACCCUCCGGCUCUCCAGCGCGGUGUACCUUGAGGAGCUGGCUUCGGCGGCUGCGGCUCUGUAGAGCCCGAGAGGUUGUGCUGCCAGAUGAUCGACUGGCAUCCAAGCAAAAGGUGUCCGGAGUCGCUCUAAUCAGAAGAUGCGGUUUUACAGGCAGAGCAGUAGCGUUUGUUCUGCCGGGCGCAUCGCCCGUCGUUCCUGCAACGUCAGCUCCAGGCUUACCCAGACACAGCACUGGGCGUUGGCAAGGCCUCGCAGGCCUCGCAGGGCCUUGUGUGGCUGCUGCAGCAGCUCUGUCAGCUGCGACUCGACGUACCAGGUGUGCUCGCGUCGUUCGGUCCGCAUUAAGUGACAACCCCUGGGAAGACGUCAAUAAGCGCACCAGAACGAAGGGCAAGACCCAGGGUGGCGCGCCGUGGUUCGCACCCGGUUGGGGUGAGGAGGGCGAUGAGGAUGAAGAGGAGGAGCUGGAGCGCAAGAAGCCCGUGGAGGAGUCCGUGUACUGUUGCUGGGUCAUGCCAAAGAAGACGGCAGCAGACUUCCUGAAGGAGUGGGCAGAGGAAGAAGAGGCGUCAGAUGAGCAGAAGGACCUCUUGCA